AUUACCAUGUAGUUAAUUAUAGAUAUAAAACAAUUAAAGAACACUUAUGUUCUGAUAAACAUUUAUUUCUUUUCAAAAGCAUAAGUCCUAAUUUGAAAGGAUACAGAGAGAUUUGGAAGAAUGAAAAUAGAGGUCACGUGACAAUCGAAAAUGGCGACUGCAUAAUGUGGGAAGUUGUGUAAAUGAAUCAACUCUUUAUUUGCAAUAUGACACGUUUCCACGUUCUCGUUUGCAUUAGGAUUUGAUCGGACUCUAAAAUUUAAUAUUGUGAUGAAAAAGAAAAAUUCCAUUGUGUGAUGUCUACUGAAUCCAGCCAGACGUCAGAGCGAGUCAUUACUAUAGUUCAAAGUUCACUUCCUGUAACUUCAGCAACAGCUUUGGAUGUAGACCCCAGUGAUGUGGAGCAUAUAGGCGAAAUACCAUUAGAUGGUUUACAGGGUUUAGGUCCUGACAAGAAUCCUUUCAGCAGUUUUUCUGAGGAACAUCUGAGUCGACUCGAUGACUUCCUGUCCACCGAAGAGGCUCAGAAGAUCCUACUCCAGACCACUGUUGAACCUUACAAUAACCAAGGUCAGAGGUCAGGGUCACCUGAGAGUGACACGGAUGUGAUAGGAAAGGAGGACUUGAUAAACAUAUUUGACGUGAGUCAGUUUGUUCAAACAGAGCAUGUUCGUAGUCCUAUCAUUUUCAAGCAGAAUAAAUCAGAAGAUCCUUCAGGUUUAGACCCUCAUUUUUCUGAUCAUGCCUAUGCCAUACCUGUUAAACGUGUAACCAUUCCUCCUGUUACCUCUCCCAAUCCUCAGAUGUCAUCACCAAGGAAAAGGGGUGGGGCAAAGGAUGAAGUUAUGAUUGUGUCGGAUGUUGGCAAUGAUGUGGAAAUCAGUCAGGAAGAAACUAAAAGUGGGAAAGGCAGAGGUCGUGGAAGAAAAAGCUUUGGAGAAAUUCCUCUUGGCAAUUGUAAUAACAGACGAUCCAAUAGAAUUAGUGAUAAUGAACAGCGUGAAAUGGCAGAAAAAAUAAGACAAGAAAAUAUACAGAAAGAAAAAGAGGCAAUGGAUGCUUUGAACUCUGGACAAUUUAGUGAUGGUCAAGAUGAAACACCAAAAAGGGGAAGAGGAAGACCAAAGAAAACAGGAGAAGAAGAGGAGGAGGAAGAGAUUGAACAGGUUGAAGAUGAGAAUGAUGAAAAUUCAAGUGAGAGUGAGACUGACAUAAAAGAUGAACAAGUUAAACGAAAAAGGGGUAGACCUAAAAAGGUCAAAGAUCAAGAAUCUGAAAGUGAGGCUGAAAAUCUGACUAAUAAAAAAGACAAAAAAGGAAAAGGUAAAAAAGUGAAAGAUGAUUCUGAUAGUGAAGAAGAGAUGCCAAAGCAAAAAGGGAAAAAAGGGCCGUCGUUGAGUAAGAAUAAAAAGCAGGAGGAGGAUGCUGAUGAUGAAAGUGAUGAAAAAUCACCAAAAAAAGGGAAGAAGAAAGACAAUUUGAAAAAGAAAGGAAAGAAUGAAGACAGUUCUGAAAGUGAAAGCGAAGAGGAGUCACCCAAAACAGAGAAGAGAAAGCCAGGCAGACCAAAGAAAAUUAAAGGGAAGGAAAUAUACACAGAAAGUGAAAGUGAAGAAGAAACACCAAAGAAAGGGAAAGGAAAGAAAGGAAAAGGGAAACAAAAAGUUGAACAAAGUGAUGAUGACAAUAAAAAGAAAAAGAAAGGCAAGGGGAAAAAACAGGAUACUGAAAGUGAAAGUGACAUUAAAAUUACAAAAGGGAAAAAAGGUAAGGGAAAACAAAUAACUGAAAAUGAAUCACCUAAAAAGAAAGGAAAAAAAGGGAAAGUGAAGGAAGAAUCUGAGGAGUCUGGUGAGGAGGAAGAGUCUCCAAAGACAGCAAAAGGGAAAAAACUAAAAGGAGGAAAAACGUCAAUGGGCAAAAAAGGGAAAAAGGAAGAACUUGAAGAUUUAUCAAGUGAAGAAGAAAAUCAGAAAAAUCAGAAAAACAAAAGUGCAAAAAAGAAUGAAGGAAAAGAAGAAAAAACAAAAUCUCUGACAAAAAAGGACAAAAAAGUAAGCAGUGAUGAAGAGGAUGAGCCCUUAAGUGCUAUUAAAUCAGAAAAUACUAAGGUUCAAAGUUCAAUUAAGAAAGAUAUGUCUGCCAGUAAAAAUAUUUUUGAGGCAUUGUCAAAGCAAAUUAUGGAAUCAAGUGCUUUAAAACGUAAACAUUCAGAGACAGAUAGUGUUGAUGGGAAAAUGGUCAAAUUAAAACACGAAAAUGGGGAAGACUCUCAUAUAACACAGCAAGAUUCUCACGAUUCAAAGAAAAAGGAGGAAAAUGGUGAAAUGAAAACUCCCAAAUCUGUGAAAAAGAAAUUUAGAAAAUCAGAAGAGUUUUUAGACCUUACAAUGACUGAUUUGUUUAAACCUGAUGGUGUUGUCAGGAAAGAUGAGGAACAAAAACAGGAACUUACAAAACCUGAUGAGAGUGAUAAACAUAGUUAUGACUCAGCUUCAAAUAAUCAGGAUCAUACAGAAGUUUUAAAUGAUGAAACUGUUGUAGUUACAGUUGAAGAGAAAAUUGAUUCAGAUGAAAAAGUUGAAGAGAAAAUUGAUUCAGAUGAAAAAGUUGAAGAGAAAAUUGACUCAGAUGAAAAAGAUAUUGAAAAAAGUAUUGCAGCUGAUGAAAAUUCAGUUAAUGAAUCUAAUGAAUUAAAGCCUGUUGAACAAAUUCCACUGCAAGAAAGUGAAUCAGAGGUUUCACCGUCAAAGGGAGGUAAUGAUGAAUAUACAAAAAUAAAGGAACUAAGUGAAUCAGAAGUUUCACCUUUUAAGGGAGGUAACGAUGAAAAUAUAAAAAUAAAGGAACUAUACAAAAGAGUUGCUGACAAAUCAGAUGAUUUGAAUUCUUCUAUUGAUUCUAACUUUGGAAUUGUAUCAGUAUCUAUGGUUACUUCAGAUUCUGAUAGAGAAGAAGAACCCAUUCAGUUUGAGGCUACGAUAGAAAACAUUGAGUUCGUCUCUUUGCCAGAGGAGGCUGUUCAGUUUCAAGCUGAAAUUGUUCCAGGUUCUGACAAUGUUUUAAGUGUACAGGUAUGUGAACCGGUAGAGAAAAAGAAAGAAGAUGAAGAUGUAUCAAGUGUGACAGAAAAUGUGGUUCAGAAAGAUGAUAUUGAAACAAAAAAUAAAGAUGAAAAAGUAUCGCAAAAAGAGACUGCGGUUAGUAAAGCAAAUGUAGAAACAAAACAGGUGAAAAAAGUAACACCAAAGUCCGUGCCAAAGCGUGGAAAAGUUUCUGAAGUCAAGGGUUCUAGUGAUUUAGACACGUCUGACAUAACUGGAUCAGAAAUGGAAGACGAUGGCCGUGUAUUACGGAGAAAAAGAGUAAGAAAUCCACUUGUUGAAGAAUUUCUUAAAAAGGAAAGAAAACAGCGAAAGAAAACAACAAAGUCUGAAGAUGAAGGUACAGAUAAGGAAGUAGAAAAAGUGGAGGUAAAAACGAUAAAACAACAGGAAAAGAAAACAGUAAAAGAAAAAGAGAAAAAAGAACCCGAAGUGAUCAAAAAGGCAAAAGAAAAAGCGAAAGAAAAGUCAGAAGACGAAGAAUCAUCAUCAGAAGAUGAUGAUGAUGAAGAUAUGGACAGCGAAGAAGAAUAUGAGCCUCCAGAUCGUAAAUACUGUAUCUGUAACAAACCAUAUGGUAACAAAUUUAUGAUUUGCUGCGAUAGAUGUGAGAAUUGGUACCAUGGUAAAUGUAUCGGGAUAACUCGUGAGAGAGGAAAAGAAAUGGCGGACAAGGAAGAAGAGUAUAUCUGUGAUGGUUGUAAGGAGAAAGAAAAGAUAGAAAAGAUCAAAGGCAAAUCCAAAUUAGAAGACAGUAAAACCACCUCAGGGUCUAAACCUCUGAUUGUUAAGAUGCCUGGAUUGAAAAAGGGAGAUAAGAUUGUUAAAACUGGUAAAGCAGAACUAACAUCCAAGAAAAAAGUCCUUGAAGGUAAGAAAAGUGAAAAUAAAGACAAAAGUCCUGUAGCUUCAGGAAAAGUUGAUAAGAAAACAGUGCCAGGUACAAAAGUCACGGAACACAAACUAGCUUCAGGAUCAUCUUCUUUGAAGAGUGAGAAAAAGGUCGCAACACAAAAAACUGGAGAAACUGUUAUUGUGAAAAAGGGUUCUAAGGAAGCUGUAGGAAAAGUCUCCUUACUAGGAGGAAAAGUAGAGAAAGUGAUUGGUGCUAAAGGACAAGAGGUUAAGGUCAUGACCUCAUCUGGAAAAACUGAAAAAGGGACAGUGAAAGGUCAAGAGGUCAAGGGAACAAAUUUACCUGGAAAAUUUCAAAAGGAUACUGUAAAAUCAGAAAAGACGAUAAACACACCUGGUAAAAUUGAAAAAGGUGGGACAACUGGAAAAUCUGAGGUCUCAAGUACAUCUGAUAAACAUUCAGUCACACCUGGAAAACUUGAUAAGAAAGCGGUUAAAUCUGAGAACUUUCUGGAAAUAUUUACUCCUGAUAAAGCUAAAAUAUUGGCACCUGUCAGGAAAACUUCUACAGAACAGAAAAAAUCAGAGGAAAAGUUACCCCGGUGUAUCGGACCUAAAUGUGGCAAAGUGUCGAGGUGGGAUUCCGUGUAUUGUAGUAACGAAUGUAUCAUCAAUCAUUCACAAGACUCACUUAAUAUUAUACAUAGUCAGCAAGAACAGACAACGGUCAAGUUGACCGGUGACAAAAGAAUUGUCGUUAUUGAAAAGACAACUGGCAAGAUACUCACUGGUGACAAGGCUCCAACAGAGGCCGAGCUAUGUGCCUGGCUCGAGAAAAAUCCAUCAUACUCUGUACUCCUGCCGAGUAUUAAAAAGCUCAAGGGUACGGAAAUUGCAGGUAAACAGGAUAAAGAAUCCCAUCACAAGCAUUCUGAACAGCACGAAAAGGGCUCUCAUAAUGGCAGUAAACAUCAUCACCAUAGCAACAAAGAUAGAGACAGAAAGGACAGCAGUAAGGAUCGCAAGAGUGAUUCAUCCAAAGAACGAAAAAAGUCCCAUUCAGAUUCAUCCAAAGACCAAAAAUCACAAAGUACUCAUAAAAAACAUGAUGACAAACAUUCCAGUAAAUAUGUGUCAAGCAAAAAAGAGGAAAAGACAGACAAAAGUAAAAAGGAAUCAAGAGAUGAGAAGACGGACAAAGGGAAAAGUGACACAAAGACAGACGAUAAUGGUCCUGAUCCAAUCAGACUCAAUGUUAGAAAGUCACUGAGAGAUGCUUUAGCUACAAGGGCAGAGAAAGCUGACGAUGUAAUGCUGUCUCUUAGUGAAAUAAAGUCCCUGUCACUUGACAUUGAAAAUGAACUGUUCAGCUUCUUCAAAGAAACGGGUCACAAAUAUAAAAAUAAAUAUCGUAGUCUGAUAUUUAACAUCAAAGAUAUUAAAAACAAGGGUUUAUUUAGAAAGAUUUUGAAUGGAGAGUUGAAGCCUAAUAAAUUGAUACGAAUGACCCCAGAUGAACUGGCCUCUAGAGAACUAGCAAAGUGGAGAGAAUUUGAAACAAAACAUGAACUUGACAUGAUUGUACAACAAGAGGAAGAACUCAUGAAGGAAGGAGAACAUUUUGUAAAAAAAACUCAUAAAGGAGAAAUAGAAAUUGAUGUCGUAAACGCUACGGAAGAUGAGGAUCUUACUGUAUUAGAGGAUCAUGGUAUAAAAAAGAUGGAGCAGAAAAAAGUGGAAAAGUCAAAAGCUGAUACACAAGCCUUUGAUUUUGUUGGAGGUUUGAUAGGGGACACAACUCCACAACAUAAAAAUCAUUUAUUCGAUCUGAACUGUAAGAUAUGCACGGGGAAAGAAGCCCCUCCUCGAGCUGUUAAAGAUACAACACCUAAAAAGGUUCGUGUUGCUCGAAAAGUCAAGAUAGAGGAACCAAGUUCUAGCGAUAAAAAAGUGAAAAUAAAAACUGAAGAAGAACAAAAGAAAGAAGAAGACGUUGUGAAGGAAGUAUUGAAGGCAAUUCAAAAAGCAAAGAAAGAACAGAUGGAGGAAGAGGCAAAGAGAGCAAAAGAACAAAAACCAACAAAACUAGAGGAACCAGAGCAAAAUAUGCCAGAGUCUCCUGUAGCUGAUUCUACUGUUAUUGUUAGGUCACCAGAUUCAGCCCUGCAGUCAGGUUUAGAACAAAAAUCAGAUUUUACCCCCAAAGGACCACAAGUGUGGAAAGGUUUUGUUUCCAUGCAGGAUGUGUCUAAGUUUGUUACCACGGCAUACCGAAUCUCAGGACCAUGUGAUAAACUGAAUAUACCAGACACAGUUCAUGUUUGUGGAAGAAUAUCUCCAGAGCAAGUUUAUGAUUAUCUCUCAAAGAUGAGAAAAGUUGGAACAAAGGAUAUCAUAGUACUACGAUUCAUCCCCGGACCAAAUGAAGAAAAGACAUCCUACAUCAAUCUGUAUUCAUAUCUCAACAGUAGAUCACGAUGUGGAGUGGUGGGGAGCGUCUCAAAAUACAUAAAGGAUUUCUACAUACUGCCUCUAGCUUCUCAUAGUAAAAUACCUUCAGUCAUCAAACCAUUUGUUGAAGGGGGUUUGGAGUUAAAUCGUCCUCACAUGUUACUAGCAGUUAUUGUGAGGCAGAAAUUAAAGCCACAUGGUGUCGAACCAGACCCUAAACAAAAACAUCGGCAAGGUCAAGUCGGCAAAGUUCGUCAGCAGGAGAAACGACCAUAUACUCCACCAGGGCAGAAAUCUUAUGGACCACUUCCUAAAAUCCCUAAAAUGAGCAAACCAGGUAUAGGUUUGAAAUACAAAUCUAAAUCUAGUACCAUGCCAUCUAGUUCUACUGUGACAUCAAUGGUUACCAUGACAACUACUACUUCCUCUGUAACGCCCUCUGGUGGCAGUGAUCCCAUUGUGGAAGUGUAUAGUUCUGUUGUUGAGGAACCAGAACCUUAUGACCCAGAGAAGCCAACAAUGGAUCCAGUUCCUCCAAAAUCUAGUGAUGAAGCUGUGUUCAAGAAACCACUAGCCCCAUUAGUGAAACGUUCAUCCCCGUCAUCAAGUCCUGGAUCAGUAAAAACAUUGCCAGGAGCUGCCAGUAUUGUUUCAUUAAUGAUGGACAAAUUAAAACUGGCAACAAAUGCCUUAGAGGCUAAUGAAACAAUUACUGGUGGAUUGUCUCCAAUGGCAACCAUCACGGACAAACAAAAAAUAUUAUUAGAACUUACUCAACGAGUGUGUGAACAGAAGAAAUUAAUUGAACUAAAGCAUGCUGGGAAAUCUGUACAAGAUCCAGCUCUUCCAUUAGUUGCUGUGGCAAAUGCUAUGACAGCAAUAAGUCAGAUUUCAAAAACUCUAGUCUCAGCGCCUAAAAGGGCCGCAAUAUCAGCCUCACAACAUAGUGCAAAAACUCUAGUGUCUGAAAGUGAUGGUGUUUCAUCUACAAAAAUUGAUUCAUUGGCAUCUUCAAGUGAAGUCAGUACAACAUCUUCUAUAGAGACAGACACAGAACUUUCUCCUUCAGCAACCUCUUCCAAAAUGUCUGCUCCUACUGCUGCAGGAGCGGCUGAUGUGCAGUUACUUGCAUCAAAAACAAUUGGACUUCUGCCACAUGAAGUUGCAGCGCAAUCAGAAAAAAUGUCAUCUAUGCCUGAGGCUUUGCAAUCAUUAUUUUCAAGUAUUCCAGGAAGUUAUAGUCAUGUGACUAAAUUUAAAGAAGCUGAUCCAAUCACAAUCGAUAAUAAGAACGACAAUGAUGAAAAAGAGGCUCAUAACAUUGAAACUGAACAUGAACAACUAGAAAUUAAAGAUUCAGCAAAAGAAAAUGAAAACAAAAAAUUAAUCGAGACUUUAAAACCUACAGAUCCUCGUCAACAAAAAAUGGCUGACAAAACUAGACAGGCUGCAGCAGUGGACAGUUUGAAAGAAGGACCUAAUAUGUUUAAUGUAUCAUUACUUGAAUUUGAUUAUGGUGACUCUGAUAGUGAGGCUGAUGAAAUUCCAUCUACUACACCAAGUGAAGAUCUAAAAGAUGACGACACAAGGCCAUCAUCUGUCAUGUCAUCAUCUAGUGAAGAGUCACAAGACUCUGCCAAUAUUCCUCAUUUACAAUAUCCUCCAUUACCAGCCGAACCAGAGGCUCCUCCGCCAUUACCUGAAGAGCCCCCACCACCUCCACCAGACCAUGCUCCUGAGGAGGAGGAGGUUUCAGAAGAGGAAGAAGAGACUGGUAAAAAAGGAAGAAAGAAAAAGAAGAAAAAGAAAAAGGGUAAAAAAGGAAAACCUGCUCCAGAAAUUAUGCUUGAAGCCAAAGAUCCUAUUAGCAAAGCUAUACUUGAUGCUUCGUUCAGACGACUGAUGGAAAAGCAGCAAGAAUCAAUGGUCCCUCCUAUGUCAGUCCCAAUGUCUCCUGUUGUAGGACCACCACAGGCAGUUCCUAUGACUGUACCUGGUAUCCCAAUAUCUGGAGCAGGUCCACCUUUUCAGAGUCAAGCAGUGCAAGGUUUAAUGGGUCCAAUGCCUAAUUCAAAGCCAGCAUUACUACCAACACCUCUUUUAAAUCCUCCUGUGGCAACAGUCAUGAUGCCACAAGGCCCUCCAAUGGGUAUGCCACAGCCUUCACAAACAGUACAACAACCUAUUGUUCAGAAGGCGAUCCCAAGUUUAUUUGACCUUGAAGUGACUCCAUCCAAAAGUCUUAUUAUGGGGAAAAUACGUAAAGAUGAACCUGGAAAUGAAUUAGAUCGUGAAUUACUUGAUCUAGCUGAUAAUGACUGGAGAGCUGAUGAGCCUCAGGACUUAGAUUUAAGACAAGAUCAGGAUUUACGUGUCAUGGAUGUUGAUAUGAGACAGGCUACAAUAAAUAAACCCCCCGUGAUUCCCCCAAGAGUGAUAUGGCCAGAGGAUGUUGACCAUAGAAAAGGAGGGCGUUUUACCCCAGAUCCUGUAUUCGGUUCUGAUUUACAAUUUCCUUCAGAAGAUAGUGAUUUAAGAAAUUUCUGCUCUCCCUUAGAUCAGGACUAUAGGCGUAGAGAUAUGCCACAAAAUGAAAUGGGCAAAGACAAUUUUUCUGGUUCAGCUGAGGACCAGGAUUUUAGAGUAAAUCAGAACAAACGUGGACAAGGAAGGGGGUCACAUGACAGAGAUUCAGAUGGUCAUGAUCGAGGUAGGAGACGAAGACAUGAAGACUCCUCACAUAGAAAAUCCAAAAGGAGGCGAAGAGAUGAUGAUCGCUACCAUUCAAGACACGAUGAUAGAGAUCAUCGUCAUCGGGAUAAAGAUCAAAGAAAAGAUAAUAAAGAUGAAGGCUUGCCUGAAGAUGUAGACCAGCGUCCAAAAUUAGAAAAGCAAGUUCCACAAGCACCAAGAUUAUCAGAUAAGGUACCAGUUCCCCCGCCACAAGUUCUGGCACAGAAAGCCGCAGCUGAAAUAAGUACCCCUAAGGUACCUCCACUCAAGCCACCACCAUUGCCACCAGGAAUUGAAGUGAAACCAUUCACUCCUUCAACUCCAGUAAAUCCGCCAAAAAGAGUCCAACCCCCUCCCCCAGGAAUUGAUGAUUGGUGAAAUUUUUAUUAAGAAUUUGAACAUGGAAGAUGUUAUAUUUAACCUGACCUACAGAUGGUGACUAAACCCUAUUCCUGUAAACAUCUAAUUACGCUAUUCCUGUAAUGCUAAUGGUUAUUGUGAGGUUUUUUAGGGUAUGAAUAUUGCCAUUGUAAAACAUCUGUUUUUAGAAAUGAGGAUAUAUAUCUUUUUAUUGUCAAUAAGACAACUUUUUCUGAUGAUAGAGAUGUAGUGUUAUGUCUUGUUUGUUUUAUUUACUGUCAAUUCAGAAAUUUUUGUGAUGUUUUUAUUUAUUGCUUACAUCUUGACAAGAUAGGUUUUGCAAAAAUGAACAGUUGAAUUCUUAAUUUUCAUUAGAGUCAUCUAUAUGCAGCAUCUCCUAAACUAGUAAUAAUAAAUAUCACAAAAUGUGUACAUUGUUGAACCAUUCUAUAAUCAAUGCAAACAAAAAUAUCAGAAUUGACAGUAAGAUAUUGCUUUUCAAUGUACAAAAGUAAAUUUUAGCAGAGAUCAUUAGUCAUGAUAUUGUCAUAGUAUUGCUGGAAUGCAGUUCAAUUAGAGCUACUUUACUAAUGCUUGUAUGUCAAAGGUUUGGUGGGCUUGUUUGCAUUGCUUGUACAAAUGUGAUAUUGAUAGGCGAGGCUUUAGCUUGUACAAUACUAAAUUAAACAUUUACACAAACAAAGCAAGCAAGCCAACCAACCAUUUGAAAUGCAAAUGUCAGGAUAAUAGCUUUAAAAUUUAUGACUCAGUAAGGGAUCAUAGAUUUAUUGUUACAAAGAAGCUCCAAGCAUGCUCGGAGGAUGCUCUACUUUCCAUAAGUACUAUAGAAGUGGUGUAGAUUUGAUUGACAUCUUAAUGAAUCAUUAUUAUUAUUGUCGCAUAAACUGCUCAAAAGAGCAGUUAUAAAAAGGUGUGAGCAUCUUCUGAGCAUGCUCUGCUUUCUCUUAAG